ACACACACACACACACACACACACGCAGACGCACACAUGCACACUUCUGAGGCGCUCGUACGCGCUGGAUGUGCUGCCGCGGGAGGAAGGGACGGAUAGAGGCAGUCAGAGGGAGCAGACAGGAAGGAGAAGGGCUACGAGAGUGUGUGGAUGUGCCAGUGCAGGCGCCGGAGAGUGCGUCCGGUCCUGCUUGUGUUGUGGCCGAGCGGAGGAAGGAUCCACUAUGACUGACUGAGACAGGACUCCCAAACUUUGGAAUACUGCUGGGAAUACUGCUGGGAAUACUCUGGAUAUGUAAGGUGCCCUGGAAGUCCCACGUUCGUCCAAACCAGUGCCAAACCAGUUACAAGUCCGACUGGUGCCACGAUGCCCACCGACGACUACAGCUACCUGCCGGAUGUGCUGCCUCCUCUUCCUGAAAUCCCGGACUCCGGUUCGGUCCUGAGGUCCGUCGACAUCCCGACCCGUUGCCUCCGCCACUCGGCCCACCGCCACGCCCCCUCGCGCUACUGCUCGGCGCUCAGCAUGGACUCGUCGCCCGACAGCGCCGAGAGGCCCAUGAGCUACAGCUCCACCUCCUCCUCCGCCUCCUCCCGGGACAGCCACUGCUCGCUGGGCAGCCGCUCCACCCUGGUCCCGGCCCACUGCAGCCCGGCCGCCGCCGACCGGGACUCCGGGGCCAUCCGGCUGGAGCUGGUGCCCGCGCGGCAGCUGGGAUGCGGCGAGGAGGACGGCGCCCGGACCGAGGGGGGGACCGAGGCGGGGCGGGAGCGCGGGACGCAGGGCAGCGGACGGGCGGCGGAUCAUUCGGAGCCGGAGCGGAGUUCUGAGGGGGGUGAGCGGGCGGUGCAGGGGCCCAGGACGUAUGUGGACCGAGUGGUGCAGGAGAUCCUGGACACGGAGAGAACCUACGUCCAGGAUCUGCGAAGCAUCGUGGAGGACUACCUGCAGUGCAUCAGUAACCAGGCCCGUCUGGCCUUGAGCUCCGAGGAUAAAGGUUCUCUAUUCGGCAACAUCCAGGACAUCUACCAUUUCAACAGGGACCUUCUGCACCAUCUUGAGAAGUGUAACGCGGAUCCCGUGGCCAUCGCCGAGUGCUUCGUCUCUAAGAGUGAAGAGUUCCACAUUUACACCCAGUACUGCACCAACUACCCGCGGUCGGUGGCUGUGCUCACCGAGUGCAUGAGGAACAAGGCGUUGGCCAAGUUUUUCCGGGAGCGCCAGGAAUCUUUGCGGCACUCCUUGCCCCUGGGCUCCUACCUGCUCAAGCCGGUGCAGAGGAUCCUCAAGUACCACCUACUGCUGCACGAGAUAGCAAACCACAUGGAGAAGGACACGGAGACCUACGAGGUCGUGCAGGAGGCCAUAGACACCAUGCAGAGAGUGGCCUGGCACAUAAACGACAUGAAGAGGAAGCACGAGCACGCCGUGAGGCUGCAGGAAAUCCAGAGCCAGCUGACCAACUGGAAGGGCCCCGAUCUGAUCGGUUACGGAGAGCUGGUCCUUGAAGGAACAUUCCGUCUGCAGCGAGCCAAGAACGAGAGGACCCUCUUCCUCUUCGACAAGCUGCUGCUCAUAACCAAGAAACGAGAGGAAACCUACACCUACAAGGCCCACAUCCUGUGCUGCAACCUGAUGCUGGUGGAGGUCAUUCCUAAAGAGGCCCUGAGUUUCAGUGUGUUUCACUACAAGAACCCCAAACUGCAGCACACAGUCCAGGCCAAAUCCCAGCAAGACAAGCGCAUGUGGAUCCUGCAUCUCAAGAGACUUAUACUUGAAAACCAUCCUGCCAAAAUCCCUGCCAAGGCCAAGCAAGCCAUUUUGGAGAUGGAUGCAAUGCAUCAUCCUGGGUUUCAUUACAGUCCCGACUGUAACAAGAAGGACUCGCCUCAAACCAAGGAGGGUCCAACUCCUCGCCGAGGACGCAGGAGAGAACCCCUGUCCAAAUUACUGAAGAAUGCCAAACAGAAUGCUUCCAACACAGACGGUGACAAGCGAACCAGUCUGGGUGCCACCCUGCUCUCUCCAGUGUCCCAGCUGGCUCUGGGCACGAUUGGCCGCAGCCGCAGCCUCAUCAACCAAUCACAGGAGUCUCUGGAUCCUGGCGAUCAAUACGACCACAGUGACAGGGAGGAAGGGGAGGAGCCCCAUCAGCAGGAUGCCGACGAUGAGGACGACAGUGGCCUGGGAGGUGCAAAGAGGCUGCGAGUCCCGGGCAAAAGCAGCAGAAAGAGGUUGAACCCUCAGGCAUCUGUUGAUAGUAUAGAACAGUGGAAAACAUUCAACAUGAGUCCCUCAGACCUACAGAGAGCCAGAGAAUCCUUAGUGAGGGAAGGUAGUCACCACCCACCACUUCUCAGGACACCCCACGUAACCGAGGAACCUCCAGAGUCUCCCAUUCCCUCUGUGGUGGUCACAGACAGCGAACCUUCUGUGAGGAACAUUUGGGCAGACCACCGAGCUCGCAGGGCCAUGUUCCCUACGCGCCAGAGAACCAUGCAGCCCGACGACGAGGACGAGGACAUCUACCAGAUGUUCGUGCCCACGGAGCCCAGUGGACCGGAGCAGGAGGUGCCCUCAGAGAACCCCGAGGUCACCUCCUCACCCAGGACGGCUCGGCCCUGCAGCUGGCACGUCGAGCAGGUGCCCACGGUGCAGGUCGACCCGCCGCCCAACGGGACCAGACUUCUGCGGAGGGCGAGCAGCGCGGGGGAACAGGUUACGGAGGCUCGGCAGAGCCCGGACGACGACCAGACGGGCCGCGGCGACCAUGAGGUGAUCCACACGGAAUCGUCCAGCAAUGACAUAUCAGGGUCCUCCUCAGCCGAGCAGCUGACGUUAGACGACAUUGAAAAUGUCUACGACAACAUCAGCUACGAGGAGCUAAAGCGCAUGGGCCUCAUCAGAAGAGAUGUGGAGGACAGCCAGUCAAGCAAAGACACAUCCACAAAUGCCCAGGGUCUAGAAGGCCCGGCAUGGGAUACAAAUGAGGUUCCAGAGGUCACAGGGUGUAAGGUUGAACCAGACAGUUCCUCUGAGAGCAACCGGUCGUCCACAGGGGAGGGGAGGCAAUUUGGGACAUGUGAGCUCCAGAUAGUGGAAGAGAAUAUCUAUGACACUAUCCCUUUCAGAGAGCCUCCGUCAACAGAGCUUAAGAGGAUGAAUGAAGGCAGCGAAGUCAUACAAGAGAGGGACAGUCUGGUGGCCUCUGAACAAGACCUGACUGAAAGACUCGUUGGAGGGUUUGCAUCUGAGGAGAGCCUCCACUUCACUGAGGAUGAAGGACAAGAAAGGCUGCAUUGUGUCCCCUGUUCCCCUGAGCCAGAUUAUUCGUCCUCGUCUGCUUCUGAGACGUUCUCCCGACGCUCACAGAGAGGGGACAAGAUGUCAGAGCAAGUGGAUGAGAUCUGGAACGACUUGGAGAACUACAUAAAGAGCAAUGAGAAGAAAGCCGAUCGGCUGCCUGCUGCCUUCCCCGUCAGCACUGCUGAGUCGCCAAAGAAGUCCUCCUCCGUCAGAGGCAGUCCCACCAAGGAGCCGUCCCUAACUAGUCCCGCUUCACACCAGCCUAAACCCCCACCUGUCGCCCCAAUGCCGUCUUUCACUAUUCCAAUCAUCCACCUCCCUGAACUUCCAAAUGAAGGCUCCAGUGAAGAAGAACAGCCCAGAGCUGCUCCUGCGCCCCGACCCUUGCCUGAAACCCCAGAGCCCCCGCCAGGAACGGUGAAAAGCAUUCGCAACAGACUGGCUCGCCUCAGCAGCGGUAGUUUCCGUCUAGAGGACGACGACCUGGUGGAGCUUCCUCAGCGAAACACCCCACUGAGGGAGAGCACGCUCAAGGACAUCCACAGUUUGUUUCCAGGGGAGCUGGCGGGACUGGACUCCCCCCUGGCAUCGUCCUCUCUGCUACUGGGCGAGUCUGUGGACUUUCCCCUGGAGCUGAUGGACAAGACAAAGAGUCGAGUGUUCCUGAUGGCACGCCAGUAUAGCCAGAAGAUCAAGAAAGCCAACCAGCUUCUGCGCAUGAGGAGCAUGGAUCCAGGAGACCCUUGCAGUCGGGCCAGAGCCGAGAAGAAGCAGAAAGACCUGGCGGCCAUUUUGGAAGAAAAGAAACAAGGGGGUGCAGCCAUAGGUGCAAGGAUAGCAGAGUACUCUACACUAUACGACCAGGUAAUGUUUAAAGAUCCUCCCUCACCCACUGGCCAGGCCUCCACCACCCCACACCACGCCCAUCCAGGCCUUCCGUACUCGCCGUCCAUGCCUGAGACCUCCCUGGAGGAAGACUGGCUCCACUCCACCUACAGCAACGGAGAGCUGGCCAGCUUCAUCUCCACCGCCAGCGAGGUGGGGACCGCGCGCGCAUCUUCCACGCCGCAGCGCAGACUGACCUCUGCCUGCUCCAUCCCUUCCCUCAAGACCACCCCUCCGUCCCCGGCACCCACCACGCAGAGGUGGAGCUCGUGCAUGUCGGCGCCGAGCGAGAAAGAGGAGCACGUGUACAGUUCCAUAAAGAGACAUACUUCCUUUAACUCGCCGUCCUCGAAGCCUUCUCCAUCUGGUCACGGUCAGUCCGUCAGCUCUCUGGGCAGUCAGGAGCAGGAGAAGAACCACCACACAGGACGCAAAUCGAAUGGAACCCGUGUGGAUCGGUCUACAGACUCCAGACUGGGUCGUGUUGGUCGACAGAGUAGCCUCCCAGAGCAGUCUACCCAGGGACAGUCAGGCCUCACCUUGCAUGAUGGCCAGCAGGUGGUGGUCCUGAAUCGAGCAUCUGCGCUGAGCAUACUCACCGCCACCCAGAACUACCUGGCUAACUUCAAGGACAAUGGGGAGGACGAUGACGACUAUGUAGAGAUCCGCUCUGAGGACGAGUGCGAGCAGGAGCUCGACAGGCUGACGCAGAAAAGUGGCGGCGCCGUGGUUCUGUCCCGUCAGAACCGGGGGCUAGUCCACUCGCAGAGUCUGCCCUGCAGCCCGGUGCACUCCUGCGACCGGCUGAGGUCUCUGGGCCGCGAUCACUUGGAGGAGUACCUGUGGAGCGAGCCGCAGCAGAGCCAGUCCAACAUUGUCCAGUCUCUGCGGGAGAAGUUUCAGUGUCUGAGUUCCAGUAGCUUUGCCUGAAGCAACAUGACACCUAAAAGCCAAAUAUACAUUAACAUAGAGAAUAUAGAAACAAAAUGGUCGCAGCUGCUUUGCAUCAUACAUGAUUUUAGUCCACAAAUAAAUAUAGAUAUUAAAUUACCAUCACACAUCACACAACAAAGAUGUGGUCUUUGAUUUGUAACAACUUCUGUGCAUAGUUAAUGCUGUAUUUUCUGUUACAGGGCUUCAAACUGAACAUAACAAGUAACUAUUAAUGGUUGUAGUUCAACAUCAGCGCCUGCAUGUGAGCUGCCUUAGCACUUCCAAAUUCAGUCUUAUGUAUUUUUAAACGUAUCUCUUGGGGCACAGUUGACGAAAAGAGGCGUAAACACACUCAUGUUUUCAGAGAGACUGGUUUUAAUUCAUUCUUGAAGGGAUGUGUGUGAAUUGAUUCUUGAUGCCCAUCAACUAUUGUACAGAUACAGUAGUUCAGGAAAGCUGUUAAUUUAGGAAACAAAGCCUAUUCUGCUCAACACAUCUCAAAAUGGAGGACAGGCUCCAGCUUUGGUGGAUGUUAUCAUGUCAUGUCUCCUAAUUUGCUCCUAAGGUUGUCUUAACUGCAGUUUCAGCUUUAGUUAAUUUUAACAAAGAAAGGAGAGGUGUGUUUUUAGUGACACUCACAGUAUCAAAGAGUUCCCAACAAGCAGCUUUACAAGUGCGUGGUUCAGAUUUGCAAUCAUCAGACCUGCUAUUCAGGCUAGUUCAUGACUUUUAGUUGAGCUUUUUAGCAAUAUUUGCAACAGACAUGACAAACGCAUUGGCUCCAACUAUUAAGUUAAGCAAAACUAGACUUUGUUAUAAAUAAGAUAUCAUGCUUGAAAUCAAGAACAAACGCUGAUAUUUUAGAUAUCUUGUAAGAAAUCAUAGAACUUCAUAUUUAUUUUGAACCCGUAAGCAGAUCUGAGCUGUGUUUCUUAGGAUGGAUGGGGAACGGGUGAAAUGGUUUUUCACUCCUACUAAUUUUAACCUUUUGUUUUUUAAGAGGGACCACGAAGGAGAGCAUUAAGAAGAGUUAUUAAAAAGACUACAGUACUGUAUUUGGUGUACGUGCUGUGUAUUUUUUUUUUAUUCAAAUGGUUGGUCAGCUGUUUGUUUACUUUGUUUACGUUAUGGGACACUCCCAGCUGUCGCACUACUGACCACAGUCACAGAAAAUCAACACGGUGAGGUAGUUCAUAUCAAUCAGGUUCAAAAAAUUUCCCAUUGAAGCAUUUUCCAGUUUUACACACCUUUUUUUGAAACUAUUAAAAACACAAACACAAACGGUGUUUGUUUAUUUAUUUAAAGUUAGUUCACUGCCCAGUGUCAUGAUCACUUCCAAGCCACAAACAAUUUGUAAAUUUAAGCAAAAUAUAUUUAUUAAAACGUGGUUUUCUUCUUAUUUAGGGGAGCUUAUAAAAUGUGAAUCAAAUCCUGUGAAUAUUAUCAACAUACGGUAGUUUUUCUAUCAUGCACUGCAUAAUAGACGUUCCAAAUCACUAAAAGGUGUGAUAAGGUAGAAAGCGCAACAUCAUGGCCUACUGUGCAUAUCAGGAAAAAAGGAUCAAACACAAGUUAGGAAUAUGAAGUAUGUUUGUUUUUAUUUUAUUUUAUUUUUUUAAUGUCAUUGUGCAUUCUUGUCCUCUGUUUCACUGGUGGGGAUUGUUAGUCUUCAUUGACUCUUCUUUGCACUUUUCUGUUUUUUUAUGUUUUAUUUGUAAACACUUUGUAAAGAUGUACAUUUUAGGAAAGUUAUUCUUGUAUGCCAUAGGUAUGCUUCAUAAUGCUUUCAUGUUUAAGUUAAGUGUACUGUAUUUUUUUAAUUGCCUAGUUGUCAAUGCUCAACAAAAGUAUGUAUUGGAAAUAAUAAAUUCAGUUAAAACUCA